AAAUUAUAUCUCUUGCUACCAGGCCUUGCCAUAUCAAAGCCAUUCUAAACAGCACGAGGCCACGAGGUGUCUUGUGUGGGUUUGAACAUUGAAGAACCAGUCAUCUAAGCAGUCAUCCUAUCACAAUCGGGUUCCCACAACGAGAUGGAGAAGGGCAAGGAAGCUGACACGACGCCUGAGUAUGUUGCCGAAGAAGCCGGGGUUGUGGGCGUCGGCGAAGUCGUCAAUGCCUCUGGGCACAAGCAGGAGCUGGAUCGGAAUUUCAGCUUGCUGAGUAUCUGUGCCGUGGGUAUCUGCACUGGUAAUACGUGGGCGGCUCUUGGUGGGAGUAUCGUUGUAGCUAUAUACAACGGUGGUCCACCAGGCGUGAUCUACGAAUUCCUCGCGGUAUCUUUAUUUUACUGGCUUAUCGCUGCGUGCAUUGCUGAGUUGUCGUCUGCGAUUCCGUCUUCUGGUGGUGUAUACCAUUUUGCUUCAAUUACUGCGGGUCCGAAGUAUGGACGAGCGGCUAGCUGGUUUGCUGGAUGGUGGAAUGUUUGUGCCUGGAUAUUUGGAAGCGCUUCCAUGUCCCUCAUCAUUUCAAAUCAGCUCACUAGUAUGUGGGGCCUAUUCCAUCAUGAAUAUGUUCCCGAGCGUUGGAACGUCUUCGUCACAUACCUUAUUGUGACUUGGCUAUGUUGCGCAACGGUCCUCUUCGCCAACCGCACUCUUCCCUGGAUUUCGAAUGUGGGCCUCUUCUUCAUCAUUGCUGGUGUCAUUAUCACCAUACUCGUUUGCGCUAUCAUGCCAACUACCAAAGGAACAGGCCACGCCUCGUCUGCCUUCGUCUGGCGCGAUUGGUCCAACCAAACCGGCUACACCAGCGACGGUUUUGUCUUUCUAGCGGGAAUGCUAAACGGUGCUUACGCCGUCGGGACACCAGACUGCGUCACCCAUCUCGCUGAAGAGCUGCCACAUCCACGAGUCAACAUUCCAAAAGCCAUCGCCGCCCAGAUGUUUACAGGCCUAAUCACAGCUUUUCUCUACAUGAUCGCCAUCUUUUACGCCAUUGGCGACCUCGACUCUGUUCUCGACGCCCCCUACACAUUCCCCCUCGCCGAAGUCUACCGCCAGGCCACCACAACCCGCGGCGGUUCUCUGGGCUUACUCAUCGUCAUCCUUUGUCCCACAAUUUGCACCUGCAUAGGCACGUACAUCACUGCAGGCCGGAUGCUAUGGACACUCGCGCGAGACGACGCAACGCCAUUCAGCAAGUUCGUAGGUCGCAUUUCCCCGACCCACAAGAACCCCUUCAAUGCAACCGUAGUGUGCGGUUGCAUCUGCACGGUGCUGGGCUGUAUCUACGUCGGCAACUCUACAGCUUUCAACGCCUUCGUUGGGUCUUUCGUCGUCCUAUCCACGCUCUCGUACCUCGCCGCCAUCCUUCCCCACGCGCUGACUCGCCGCGCAUACGUUGUGCCGGGGCCCUUUUGGAUGCCUGAUUCGGUGGCGUACGUGGUUCUGGGGGUAUCCAGCGCGUAUAUCGUCGUCUUUGUGGUUAUCUUUUGCUUCCCGUAUUCGCUGCCGGUCAGUGCGGUUAGCAUGAAUUAUUCCUGUGUUAUAACUGGUGGAGUGACGAUUUUUGUGGGACUGUGGUGGAUAUGGAAGAGUAAGAGGGGUUAUGUGGGACCGAAGGCGCUUUUUGAAGAGGAGAGGAGGUUGUCGACGACGGGGGUUGGGAGAGUUAGUGCGGAGAAAGAUUGA